GUCUCACAUUUACAUUUACUACUAAGAAUUUCCAUCUAUUUUUCUUAAAAUAAAAAUAUAAUAUUUUUUAGUCUUCUUAAAAACUCCUCAAAGUCAAGAGUCCACCACACUCUGUUUCACAACCGCAACAAUCGCAACACCGAACUCUAAUAAGGCCCUUCAUUUUUUCAACCCCAAAAACCUUUAAUUUUAUUAUUCUUUCAUUUCUUCCUCACCAUGAACGACCCGUCAAACCACAACCCUCCUCCGCCCUCUUCCGUUGCCAAGAAAUCCUCCUCGCCUAUCCAGGGCCCACGUCCUCCGCCUCUCGCCAUCAACAAACACUCCCAAAAAAUCAAGAAGCCACCCCUCCCUCAGCAGCCGAUCGUAAUCUACGCAAUUUCUCCCAAGAUCAUAAACGUCGCCGUUUCCGACUUUAUGGCCACGGUCCAACGGCUCACGGGGGUCUCCUCCGAUGACUUCUGCACCGGGGGAGACGUGUCCCCGGCUGCUAGGCUGGCUUCCACCGAGAAAGUGAUGGGUCCAAAGGAGAAGGCUUUGAGUGUAGAGGCUUCUGAAGAGAUGGUAGAGGAAGGGAUUGAUGUGGGUCGGAUUCCUGGGAUACUUUCGCCUGCAAUGCUUCCGCCGGUGAUCCAAGAACGGUACUUUUCUCCACCGGUUGACCCGUAUUCGUUUCCUCCUAUCUUGACUAGUCCCGGCUCGGGCCUUUUUCCAGGUUCUAUGGGCUCUCCCAUUUUUUCACCUGAUUUUUUCAGUCAAAUUUGGAAUUUUUAGUUUAAUUUUUGGAUAAUAUUAAUUUUUUCUUGGGUUAGGUUUGGAAAUUUUUACUUUGAUGUUGUUGGAUUAGAUUUUUUCUUUUUCUUUUUUGGUUUAUGAUUAUAGUUGAUAUGUCGCAAUUGUAAUUGUAAAGAGGGUGAAGGGGCAGAUUAGGUACGAUGACUAGUGGAGGCCAAUUGCCUAAUUAGCAAAUUAAUUAGAGGUGUUUUUGUAAUUAAUUAAUUAUGUUGAGUUAUUUUGUUCACAUUAUUUUAUGGGGUAGUUCCCAAAUUAAUUAUUUUGU